GGCCUCACUAUCCACGACUUGGAUACUGAUGAUACUGACGAUAGCGAGGAAGUUCCAAAUAUUAAUAUUAACCAGGAACAUCCUUCGCCUACAGCGCCCAUGGUUAUACCUACCAACAGGUCCAUUCGCUUUCGGUCACGAGUGAGAAUAACAUCCGGGGUUCACCGGCACCGUGAGCACCGACAUCGAAAUACCGCUGUUCAUAAUUCUUUACACCCUGCUGGAUUACUUGGCCGUUCUGAAGGAAACACAGCGGUCAGUUCUUGUUCCAGCUCACCGUCGUCUUCAAUCUCUGCCCCCAUUCGAUUCAGAGAAGACGAAGCGACGGUGUCGCCGAAAUGGGGUCCCCUCGGCCAACGCGUCCAAUUAUUCGUUUCCCAGCAAAAAGAUAAAGCUAAAAGGGUUCAGGCUGAUAGGGAGGCAUGCGAACGAGAAGCCAGAAGACGGUAUCUAUUGGUGUAUAGCCCUGGUCCUAACUCUGUUUCGAACUUUGCUCGUUCACCGGCAAAUGAUCAUGAACGUACACCUUUGCUAAAUCCUGCGAGAACAGGACAGCAAAAGUCGCCUGCAGCAGCGCCGUUAGGAGACGGCGAUGACUCGGACCUUUGUGAGAUCGAAACGGAGAGUGAUUACGAGGCGAGGUUGAACCAUGAAAUUGAUAUGAUCUUUGGGCAAUGGCCUAAAAGGCUAUUGAAUCGACAUUGGUGGUGGUGGCAAAUAAAACCUAUAGUUUGCUGCAGUUACGCAGAAGACUGGGAAACGGAAUUUUAACGCAAAAACAUGACUGCGUAAGUAAGUAAGUAUGUGUGUAUAUUGAGCGGACAGAACUUGUUUUGGAAUACUUAUGUAGUACAGUACUGAAGUAGAUUUUCACUCUCCUCGUCUGUU